AUAAUUGAUGACAACUUACAACACAACAAAUUACCAAAAGAAAUAGAACCGUGUCAUAAACGAACUAGUAUCAGAGCGGAGAGAUGAGAGGGAAAGAUAGAGAGAGGUUCAACGGCAGGGGUCCACGCGAUACACGGACGGCGCAGCGCUGGGUUGCAUCCAAUUUCAGAAGACGGAAUCGACCAGUGCAAGAUGGGAAAGAAACACGUCAGAGCAGUUCAAGAAACUACGAAAUCCGGGGUUACGACCGUCGGAUAUUCAAUCAAGCCUCCGUCUACUUCUUCACCAACUUCCCGGAGGACUGGAAGCACGAAAGUAUGUGGCAUACUUUCCGUAAGUAUGGUAGAGUCCUGGACAUCUACAGCCCCAUGAGAAAAUCUAGGAUGGGAAGCAGAUUUGGGUUCGUCAGAUUCUUGGACGUCAGAAAUGAAAAGGAACUAGAACACCAACUUGAUCAGAUCCGAGUGGGGGAAUUCAAAUUAUGGGUAAACAAACCAAGGUUUUAUGAGCAAGAGAAGCAGCUAAGAGUAGCCCAGAGACAAAAAGAGAUCGCAGGAGUCAGAGGACACAGAACUUUUGCUGAAGUGGUAAAGGGAAACAGUGGAAGAGGAGCAGAACUGGAAAGUAGGAGAGCAGCAAAUGGAGCAGAAGAACAUGGCCAAUCACGGAUUAAUAACUCAUCCAGGAAUCCGAAACAAGUUUGGAGAGCAAAGGACAUGGAGCAGGCAAAGGCAGGUAUGAGCUUCACCGUCCAGGAGGAAGAGUACGCUUGGCUUCAAGGCUGCUAUGUCGGGAUUGCUCACUCAGUCGAGAUAAUCCCAACAUUACAAGAAAAAUUCUUCAUGGAGGGAUACUUCUCAUGUAGAAUAAGAGCCAUGGGCGGUCGUCUGGUUCUACUUGAGGGCGGAGAUAAGGAGGAGAUAAAAGAUUUAAUAGAGCUUGCUCCUAAAUGGUUGGGACAAUGGUUCACGGAAGUUAAACCAUGGAGCCCUUCAAUGGUUGCAAGGGAGAGAUUUGUAUGGCUUCGUUGUCAAGGAGUCCCAGCUCACGUAUGGGGGCCCAACUUUUUUGCUACAAUUGGUACCGUGUGGGGAAAGUUCAUAACUUUGGACGACAGUACCAGCAAAAAACAGAGAUUGGACAUAGGAAGAAUGUUGAUAUCAACCCCGGUGAUGGAAUUCAUCUCCAAAAGCAUCAACAUCUCGGUCAAUGGGGAACCUUACUUAAUCAAAGUAACGGAGGAAGACACUUCCAACGGAAUUUUCUCCAUGAAAUCCGAUCACGUGUUCAGGGAAUUGAGUGACUCCGACGAUGUGCCUUCGGAAUCCUGGUCUUUAGACGAAGAAGUGGAGGAUGAAGUAAGUGUGGCGUUUUCAGGUGAUGGGGAUGUAAAUGGCAACCGGAAUCCCAUCAGUGGGAAGGAGGCUGACGAUGACGUGGAAAUAGAGGAUGAGGUGACGGAGAAAGAAGACAGAGAUGAACAGCCAUCUUACCGUUGGACACAAGGGCGCCAAAAUACAAAUGGUGACCAACCUUCGGCGGUGAAUGACAAUUCAUUUAAUGCAGCUGGUUCCCAAGACAAGCAACAGAUCAACGGAGAUGACAAAAUUCAAAUUUACUGCACCAGCAAUCAUAACAAAUCCUCAGCGGAUUUGGAGACUGUGCCGGAUAGUCAGGGCAACCAGAGUUGCAAAAAUAAGGAAGGGCAAAGGGAGUGGGUAACGGAGGGGCCACUAGAGACGUUGGGCCCACUGGAAGAUGACCCAAUAGAGAUUAAUGGCAUUUGGGCCAUAAAAAACCGCAGGCCUCUAAAACAUGAUACAAUCAAGCCAGGCGGCAGCAAACCCAUUAAUGAAGAAGCGGACGCGCAUAUGCAGAAGGCUGGGUCCAUUUCAUCAAUUAAUAGAAGUAUUAUCAAUCGGACUUCUUCCCAAAAAUCCCAACAAGAAGUGAAGAACAGAGCAUCAUCAACAGAAGGUCACGAUGCAGAGCAGGAGUCGUCCUUUUGGAAGGGGUUCAGGAGCGAAUCAGGGGAAGAUCGGGAAUGGAUGGGCAGAAACCAGAGGAAACCGAAAUACAAGAAGAAGAAGAAAACCAGAUCUUGCCUCUCAGUGUAUAUGGAGGGAGGAAAAGAGGAACAGGAGCACAAAUCAAAAGGGAGGAAGAAAAUUCCAAAGGAAAGUCUAAUGGUAGAGAAAUUGCCGGUAUUUGUCCCUGGAAUUCGAAACCAAGCUGCAGGAGAAUCAGUCACGGACAGCGGCAUCGAAAACAGAAACAUGACUCUUCGAAAUGCUUCGGAUCUGAGAUUUGCAGAGGGAAUCUGGGCAUUCGCAAAGGAGAUCGGAGUUGGCGAUCAUGGCAAUGAAACAGAGGUGAUUCAGAGACUCAGGGAGAUGGAAGAACGUGAUAGGGAGCUGCACAGCAUCUCAAAGGGCAAGAAGAGAAGUAUUAGAGAGUUAGUCGAGAAAGAGAAAGUGGAGUUUUUGUCAAUUCAAGAAUCAAAAAUAGAAGGGGUAGAUUAUCAUAUGUGCAGAACCAUUUGGGGAGGAGACAAUUUUGAUUGGGUUUCAAAACCAUCUAGAGGAGCGUCUGGGGGGCUUGUAUGUAUUUGGAAUAGUGAUAUUUUGAAAAAAGAAAAUAUAAUUGAAGGCGAGAGCUAUGUGGGGAUUUAUGGAUUCUGGGGGGCCUCUAAAACCCCUGUACACAUUCUAAACAUUUACGCACCUUGUGAUAUGCCGGGUAAAAGAUCCUUGUGGGCUAGUAUUAAGGAAUUGAUGAUGGAAGCAGGAGGCAACUGGUGCUUGAUGGGAGACUUUAAUGCCAUUAGAAGUGAGCAAGAACGGAAGGGAGGGAGAUCAAAUAGGAGGGAAAUGACAGAGUUUGAUGAAUUUAUCAGAUCAUGUGGCCUCAUUGAUCUCCCAUUAAUUGAUCGGAAGUUCACAUGGUAUCAUUCAAACGGAACUGUUAUGAGCAGGUUAGACAGGUUUUUGUUGUCAGAAAAUUGGUGCCUCAACUGGGGUGAUGUCAAACAAUGGGGGCUGAAGAGAACAUCGUCAGACCAUAGCCCAAUUUUGUUGAAGAAUCAAAUAAUUGACUGGGGCCCUAAACCUUUCCGAUUCUUCGAUGUGUGGUUGGAUUCACCGGGACUCAAAGAGUUAGUGAGUGAGACAUGGAAAUCAACAGAGAUCUCGGGAUGGCAUGGUUACAGAUUUAAAGAAAAGAUGAAGGAAAUAAAGAAAACCUUGAAGGAGUGGAGCAAAACAAUGGUGUCGGAGAAUGACCUAAUCAUAAAGAAGUGUAAAGAGACUAUUGCGGGUAUUGACAUCAAAGGGGAGACGACAGAUUUGAAUGAUGAGGAUGUGCAUCUAAGAAGGAGCAGUUUUCUGGAACUCUGGAAACAACAAAAAAUGAAGGAGGGUAUGUGGCGCCAAAAAGCAAGGACAACAUGGAUCAAAGACGGAGAUGCUAAUACGAAAUUCUUCCACAGGUGUGUCAAGGGAAGAAGGAGACGGAACGAUAUUGUUAGCUUACAAGUGGGCGACAAACACAUGGAGCAAGUUCAUGAGAUCAAGGAAGGUGUGGCAAACUAUUUUGAGAACUUGUUCACAGAAGAAAGGUGGCAAAGACCUCAUCUCAACGGGAUUGAAUUCAAGAAGAUUUCAGCAGUUGAUAAUUCCUUUUUACUUGCUCCUUUCAACGAAGAAGAAGUUAAAAGGGCAUUAUGGAGUUGUGGAUGUUCUAAAGCACCAGGGCCAGAUGGUUUCAACUUCAAAUUUAUCAGAGAAAUGUGGGACACGAUCAAAGACGACAUGAUGGGUUACAUCGAGGACUUCCACAAAAACGGGAAAUUGGUUAAAGGAGCGAACAGUUCCUUCAUCGUGUUGAUACCCAAGGUUAUGAACCCCCAGAAAAUUGAAGAGUUUAGACCCAUAUCUCUAAUCGGCGUCAUGUACAAGGUGAUCGCAAAGCUCCUCGCUAACAGAAUCUGCUCUGUUCUAGAUGGCAUUAUUGGUGAAAGCCAAAUGGCCUUCAUUAAAGGUAGACAAAUGGUUGAUAGCAUUGUAAUAGCAAAUGAAACAAUAGAUGAAGCAAAGAGGAAGAAGAAGGCCAGUUUCUUGUUCAAAAUAGACUUCGAGAAGGCGUAUGAUAAGGUCUGUUGGGAAUUCCUUGAUUACAUGAUGACGAGAAUGGGGUUUGAACCAAAAUGGAGACGGUGGAUUAAUGAAUGUCUGAAGACGGCAGAGGCGUCGAUUUUACUCAAUGGUAGCACAACUAGACUAGUCAAAAUUAGUAGAGGACUGAGACAAGGAGAUCCACUCUCUCCGUAUUUAUUUUUAUUGGUUGCGGAAGGCCUCAAUGGCAUUAUCUCUUCAGCAAUUAAUCAUGGAAUGUUCGACGGAAUUGAUGUUGGUAGUAGAGGUAUGAAAGUGUCCCAUCUGCAAUUUGCGGACGACUCGAUCCUAUUUGGGAAAGCAGGGGAGGACAACAUAUGGGCAGCGAAGAGCAUAAUGAGAAUCUUUGAGCUGGUAUCGGGCUUGAAAAUUAAUUUUGGGAAAAGCCAACUUGUAGGGAUAAAUGUCUCAGAGGAAUGGAUGUCAAAAAUGGCCUAUAUAUUGAAUUGCAAACAGGGAACACUGCCAUGCAGAUAUCUAGGGGUACCAAUAGGUGGCAGUGUAAAGAAGAUUGCUUUGUGGAAACCAUUGAUUGAUUCUUUCGAGAAAAAAUUGAGCAAUUGGAAAAGCCGGCUCCUCUCUUUUGGCGGAAGGAUUACACUCCUCAAUGCGGUUUUGACCAACCUCCCAGUGUAUACCAUGUCUGUACACCUACUCCCAAAAGGUUUGAUUUCUUCCUUAGAUAAAAUCCGUAGGAGUUUCCUAUGGGGGGGAGGGGGGAGCAAGAGAAAAAUCAAUUGGGUAUCAUGGGACAAAGUUUGUAGUAGCAAGAUGGAGGGUGGGCUAGGUGUUAAAGACCUUAGAAAAUUUAAUCUAGCACUAUUGGGAAAGUGGUGGGGUAGACUUGCAAGUGGGGAGGAGAGUUUAUUGUACAACAUUAUCCAACACAAAUAUGGUUGCUCGGAGGGUAGAUGGAUUGAUUGGGUGCAGUUGAAUGGCCAAAGGGGAUCUCUAUGGUGGAAAAACAUAAGCAGGAUAGACGAGAUUGACCCAAACAGCAGGGGAUGGCUAUCAGGGGGCUUUAAAUUGAAGCUCGGAGAUGGGCAGUCUGUCAAUUUUUGGAAGGAUGUGUGGAUAGGAGAUCAAUACCUUGCCACCAGAUUCCAUAGAUUAUAUCUUGCUUCCACAGAUAAAGAAAAGAGAAUAUCUCAAAUGGGAUUUUGGCGGGAAGAUACCUGGCAAUGGACACCUUGUUGGAGACGACCGCUGCAGGAGUGGGAGAAAGAUAAUUUCAUUGAGAUGCUGGGAUUAAUCAACAGCCUACACCCAACCAAAGACCAAACUGAUCACUGGGUGUGGAAACACAACAAAGAAGGAGAAUACUCCGUCAAAACAGCAUACGAUCUCCUAUCCAGUAAUAGCGACAACAACAGAACUCAGAAGCACAAAAGGAUAUGGAGCAAACUCAUCCCCACAAAAAUCAGUGCAUUUGGUUGGCAAGUCCUGCAGGAUAGAAUACCCACAAAGCUCAACUUGUUUAUGAGGGGAAUCAUUCCUGACAGUAGCAUGAUGUGCGGCUUGUGUGGUAAUGACAUUGAAGAUACAAAUCACUUGUUUAUUCAUUGCAGAGUGGCUCACUCAGUAAGAUACAAAUGUGCAAAAUGGUGGAGUUUUCUCACGGCUCACCCUAAGACAUGCCAAGAGGAUUUCGAGCAACACAGGCCCCCCAUAAAUGACUCAUCAGUUCAAGCUGGAUGGGAUGUGGUAUGGUUCUCCACUUUAUGGUCUCUUUGGAUGGCUAGAAAUAGUAAAAUUUUCAAGAACCAAGUAUAUGAAGAGGAAAGAAUUUUUGAGCUAGUGCAACUAAGAGCCUUUAAUUGGAUUAAGAGCAGGUCUUCGGGCUAUUCCUUUAAUUUUUAUGAAUGGAUGGUUGAACCUAUAUUGAGCCUUAAGGCCAAUCGAAAUUUACAAUAGUGUGCUUAUUUAGCUGUGGGUUUCUGGUAUGUAUCAUUGAGCAGCUAUCUGACUGUGGUCAUUUUAUUUAGCUGGUUCUGUUGUUUGUUAGCUGAAGUUAGUGGAUGCUCAGUGUUUGCCUCUUUUGUACAUGGGUAGGAGUACCCCUUGUACUCCAUUAAAUCAACUUACUUCUUUGCU